UGGAGCUGGACUGACUGUGACAAGAACAGGAGAAGCUGCUCCCGGUGCCAGCUGACAAGAGGGUGAGGACCUGCAAAAGGACCUUUGAUAACAUAAUCCUUCUAUCUUCAUUCAGCAGGACCAGUGCUGACGUCACCACAUGAGCUAAAAAAGACAUUUGUCAAACAUGACGACGGAAUCUCCACGGCGCCCAAGCCGUUGUACGGGAGGAGUGAUGGUCCGGCCUCAGGCUGUCACGGAGCAGUCAUAUAUGGAAAGUGUUGUCACGUUUCUUCAAGAUGUUGUUCCACAGGCUUAUAGUGGAACACCUACAAUGGAGGAAAAAGAGAAAAUAGUUUGGGUCCGGUUUGAAAAUUCAGAUCUGAAUGAUACGUACAGGAAUAUGGAGUUUCAUGAGAUGCACAGUACUGGCAACGAUCCCCCUUUGCUUUUGAUGAUUGGAUACACAGAUGGCUUGCAGAUUUGGAGUAUACCGGUUAGUGGAGAAGCUCAGGAGUUGUUCUCAGUUCGACAUGGUCCAGUACGAUCUGCAAGAAUCUUGCCAUCUCCUCAGAUUAGUUCUUUAAAGGCUGACAGUUUUUCUGAAAAGAGACCACUACUUGGAAUGUGCAAAAGUACCGGGUCUUGCAGUACAAGCCAACCAUUCUGCUGUGUGGACUUAUAUUCUUUACGGACUGGGGAGAUGGUGAAAUCAAUUCAGUUUAAGACACCAAUCUACGAUUUGUAUUGCAACAGAAGGGUGCUUGUGGUGGUGCUGCAAGAAAAGAUUGCUGCUUUUGAUAGCUGCACAUUCACCAAGAAGUUUUUUGUGACAAGCUGCUAUCCGUGUCCUGGGCCAAAUAUGAAUCCUAUUGCUCUGGGGAGUCGCUGGCUUGCAUAUGCAGAAAAUAAGCUUAUCCGGUGCCACCAGUCUCGGGGAGGUGCAUGUGGAGAUAAUAUUCAGUCUUAUACUGCCACAGUUAUCAGUGCCGCUAAGACUCUAAAGACUGGCCUUACAAUGGUUGGAAAGGUUGUUACCCAGCUAACUGGUACUCUGCCUGCAGGAUCUUCAGAUGAAGACCUAUCAUUACACAGCAACACCAGGCGUAGUCCUCUUGUUCCUGGAGUUAUCACUAUUAUUGACACAGAGAAUGUUGCUGAAGGACAGGUUCUUGUCAGUGAAGAUUCAGACGGUGAAGGCAUUGUUGCCCAUUUUCCAGCUCAUGAAAAACCAAUCUGCUGUAUGGCAUUCAACCCUAGUGGAAUGUUGCUGGUUACCUCAGAUACCCUUGGACACGAUUUCCAUGUGUUUCAGAUCCUUACUCAUCCAUGGUCUUCUUCCCAGAGUGCUGUUCAUCACUUGUACACUCUACAUCGUGGAGAGACUGAAGCUAAAGUGCAGGACAUUUGCUUCAGCCAUGACUGCCGAUGGGUGGUGGUGAGCACUCUUCGUGGCACUUCCCACGUAUUCCCAAUAAACCCAUAUGGUGGUCAGCCAUGUGUCCGGACACACAUGUCUCCCCGUGUGGUAAACCGCAUGAGUCGCUUUCAGAAAAGUGCUGGCCUUGAAGAGAUUGAGCAGGAGCUUACUUCAAAGCAAGGGGGCAGAUGCAGUCCUGUGCCAGGUUUGUCCAGCAGUCCAUCUGGUUCUCCCUUACAUGGCAAACUUAACAGCCAAGAAAACUACAAUAAUUUUACCAACAACAACCCAGGAAACCCACGACUGUCACCUCUUCCCAGUCUGACUGUGGUGCUUCCACUUGUUCAAAUAAAGCAGCCCAUGACAUUAGGAACUAUCACAAAACGCACAGGUCCUUACCUGUUUGGAGCAGGAUGUUUUUCCAUUAAAGCUCCUUGCAAAGCCAAGCCAGCUCCACAGAUUUCCCCAAGUAAGUCCACAGGAGGAGAGUUCUGUGUUGCUGCUGUGUUUGGCUCCUCACGGUCCUGGUUUGCCAGUAACCAAGGGAUUAAAAGAGACAAAGAUCAAUCCAAGCAGUAUGUGGUGGAAUCACUGUACAUCAUUAGCUGUUAUGGAACUCUAGUAGAACAUGUGUUGGAACCUCGUCCUCUGAGCACUGCACCGAAGAUAAGUGAUGACACACCUCUGGAAAUGUGGACGUCGCCACGGGCCAGCUGGACUCUAGUUAGGACUCCUCAGUGGAAUGAACUACAGCCACCAUUUAAUGCAAACCAUCCUUUGUUACUGGCCUCAGAUGUGGUACAAUACUUUCAAUAUCUGCUAGCUGGCUUGGUGCCACCUGGAAGUCCUGGUCCCCUCACACGGCAUGGCUCAUAUGAUAGCUUAGCCUCAGACCACAGUGGCCAGGAUGAUGAAGAAUGGCUUUCACAGGUGGAAAUAGUCACACAUACAGGACCUCACAGACGAUUGUGGAUGGGACCUCAGUUUCAGUUUAAAACGAUCCAUCCUUCAGGCCAAACAACUGUGAUCUCUUCUAGCUCCUCAGUCCUCCACUCACAUGCUCCAAGUGAUACCCCGCAGCCUUUGCUGGAGUUUGACACAGAUGAUCUUGAUCUAAACAGCCUUAGAAUCCAACCUGUUCGCUCUGAGCCUGUAAGCAUGCCAGGAUCUCCUCGGCCUACUGCUGAUCGCAGAGGGGGCUCUACAGUUAUUGAUGCCACCUCAGGUUCCUAUGAUAGAAGUGUGACACUGCUGGAAGUAUGUGGUAGCUGGCCAGACAGCUUUGGUUUACGCCAUAUCUCUUCUAUUGAAAGCACUGAUGAGGGUCUCCGUGAACGUUUGGCCGAUGCCAUGUCUGAAUCCCCAAACCGAGAUGUGGUGGUAUCAGGAACAGGACUUCAGCGAGACGGAAGCAUAGAGACUCUAAGUAACAGUUCUGGGUCUACCAGUGGCAGUAUACCACGCAACUUUGAUGGUUAUAGGACAACUCUCCCAAGCAAUGAAAAUCAACCUUUAAGCCUAUUCCCCUCAGGACUUCUAUAAAACACAAUGUGACAGAAGAGAGAUUUCGAUCUUAUUAAUGUUUUAACGCAGCUUACUUUUGAUUAUCCUUAUUGGUAUCCAUGUCACAAGUAGUUUAGUGUAGUUUGGAUAGAUUUAAGAAUAUUAGAACAGGAUUCUUUCCUCCUAGUCUUCUUUGGGCAUCAGUGCUUUGAUAGUAGGAUUUGCUUGAGUAGUAGUAGUAGUAGUACACAGACAAUCGUAAUGUGAUUUCUACCUGCAUACAGUAUGUACUGUGCAGUGGCAUGACAUACACUGGCAAUCAUGGCAUAUGUAUUUAUUUGGGAAAUGCACACUCGUAUUGAACAAGAUUACUGUAAUUAGUAGCAAACAUGUAAUGUUCAGAUGUACUACUGUGCUAAUGAUUACCUAUGAGAUUACUACAGCAGGUUUAGCCAUUGUAUCGCCAUUUUGUUAUUUACCAGUAACCAAGGUGAAUGUUUGUGUAAUAACCUACAAGAUAAUGAUUGUAGCAUUUCCACACUUUUUCCAUUAUACCUGACACAGCAUACAUGAAUAUGAACAAAAGUGUCCUAUUAUGACACAAAUUCCUGACUUCAGAACCCUAAUGUUCUCAUCCAAGCCACUGAGUCUGUUAUGUUUUCCAAAUUGGGAUAUACAGCUUUAAUCUAAGGGGAUCAAGUAGUAAUAAAGAGAAAGAGGAGAAGUCCUCUGGUUCCUCAUUGCCACUGGAGAAAUUUAUAAAUUACAAGUUAAUAUGCUAUUCUAUGCUGAUGCUAUAUUAUUGCAUGCUGGGGGGUGUUUUACUCUAUAUCUAUUUCUAGCGUUCCUUACUGACAUUAUAGAAUUAUUUCAGCAACAGCUGAUGUGCAUAUGCUUGGCUCCUUUUAUUGCCUAUCCAUGAUAGAAAAUAUAUUCUGAAAUACCCAUUUUAUGCCUGUGAAAAGUAUUACUAUGAAUUAAUACUUGCAUUGCUGAUAAUAUAAACCUAAAGUGGAACCUAAUUUAAUUCCCCCCCCCCCCCCCCCCCAAAAAAAAACAGUGCUACUCUUGUCCAUGAGCUGGGCUGCGAUACCAAACAUAACCCGUGGACAAGAGAUGUGCUGUCUCUGGUAGAACUUAUUUCUUAGUUUGCACAACCUCUUUAACCUUUUUUUACUGUUACUGUAUAGCAGUUUGAUGAAUCUGACAACUAACGUCUUUUUAUCAAUGCUUAAUUAUACUGUAUCUCUUGAUCAAUGUGUAAGAAUAGUCAACUGCAUAAUAACAAAGCUUUUUUGUUGUUGUGUACAGCCAAUAUAAAAAGUCAAAGUCUAAAGGUUUUUGAAGACAUAAGUUGUAUGAGAAUAUACUAUGCACAAUGGCCUUCAUCAACUGGUUCUUGAUAGGUCAUUCUGGUAGGUAGAAUUAAAAGGGUUGGCCCAUCUGGAACAUUGAUGACAUAUCGCUAGGAUGUGCCAUCAAUGUCAGAUAGGUGUGGAUCCUAUCUCUGGGACUCACUACUAUCUCUAAAGUGAAGAAGAGCAUAAGAAGUGUUCACAGUGUUCUCUCCAUUCAUCGCUAUGGUAGUUCUUAAAAUAGCCAAAUGAGGGCACUCAGCUGUUUUCGGAAGUCCUAUAGCGGUGAAUGCAGUAUGCUCCAGCACAUUUCCAUUCACCGCUAUUGGACUGCUGGAAAUAGCCAACUAUUUUUGCAACUCCUAUAAUGGUUAACUUACAGUUGCUGCACAUGCACACUGGGCUCUCCUUCACUUCAGGGAGCCUGUUCAGGAGAUAGGUCUGGGUCCCAUGUCUGGGACCUGCUCCUAUCUGACAUACUAGUGAUAUGCCAUCAAUGCCCCAGGUGGGCCAACCCCUUUUAAUUCAGGAUAGCCAUAGAUUUGAAAUAGGUUGGUUAUUUGGGGAAACACUUGGCUUUUCUGAAAUAGAACAUUUUAUUGGACUAAAAAUCAGCAGUUACAAUAUGGAUCCCAAAUUUUCCGCUCUCUUGCUUUUAAGUAAUUUUUUUGGGUGAUCUGUGGAUUUUAUGCUUCUUUAUUACAAUGUUAUCAACUGAUAAACUUUGCUAUUGUUAUGAUUCAGGGUCCUUUUACAUGGACAGAUUUCCUGACCAGCAACAGUUUCAUUACUGUCGGCAGCACAUUCCUGUUUACAUGAGGAAGUGUGUUGCUGUACAAAAGAUGUGAUCACUGGGUAUGUUUUCAUGAGACAAUGACCAUAGAAACGCCUGAUCAUCAGCCCAUGUAAAAGGGACUUAAUGAAACCUGUAUUUCCAUUUCAUGGUGUAAGUUAAAUUUUAUCUAUGAAUUUAAAAUAAAGAUGUAAAAAUUUUAAUAAAGUAAUAUGUCUUUGUUCACA